AUGAGCUUGACAUUUUCAGCAAAGAAACAAGGAUUAGCUGAAAUAAGCAGAACCAUCAGAGCUUGCAAAAAUGUGCAGUCAGUAGAUUCAGUUUUGGACUGGCUAUGGUCAGCAUAUGUAUACACAGCAAUGGUGAAAUACCCAACCGAGGCAAAUUUCAUGAUUCCACUCCCUGCGUACCCUGUUGAGGAAGUUAGCAGACUUUAUUAUCUGAUUUGA